AUGGAACCCUCAAGUGAUGCAUCCCCUUCCCAAGCAACACCUACUGCCACAACUGAACCUGUUGCCCAAGCUGCCCAAGCUGUACCUACUGCCCAUGCUGAGGUUCCCCCACUUCCACCUAAAGGUAAAGGCAAUGUCUGUACUAAUAGGAAAAAGUCUAUUGCCUGGAACCAUUUUGAAAAAGUAGAUAUUGGUGAUGGUCAUUUUAAGGCUGUUUGUAAUUACUGUCAAAAAACUUAUCUAGCUGAUAGUAAGGGGCAUGGUACUGCUAACUUGUUGAAUCAUACACCAAUCUGUGUUAAAAACCCUAAUAGAAAGAUACUUAGUGGGCAACAAACCUUAAUGUUUGAACCUAAAAUGGAUGGGGAGGAAGGGUUUCAGCUUGUACCGACAGCCUUUACUGUUGAGGCUUCUAGAAAGGCACUUGCUGAAAUGGUUAUAAUAGAUGAGUUGCCUUUUAUGUUUGUUGAAGGGUAUGGGUUUCAAAGAUAUGCAACAACCUUACAACCUAAGUUGCGAAUUAGGGAUAUCCCAUCUCGUCAAACUAUAGCUAGGGAUGUGAUUAGCAUUUAUGGUGUUGAGAGAGAGAAACUAAGGGGGGCUUUGAAGGGUCGUAGGGUGUGUCUUACUACGGACACAUGGACGAGUAUUCAAAAUCUGUGUUAUAUGUCCCUUACAGGUCAUUUUAUUGAUGAUGAUUGGAAGUUACAUAAGAGAAUUUUGAAUUUUUGUCAAGUUGAAGACCAUAAGGGAGAGACUAUAGGUAGAAAGAUUGAGUUGUGUUUGCGUGAGUGGGGUAUUAAUGGCAUAUUCACUUUAACAGUGGACAAUGCUAGCUCAAAUGGUGUCACUAUUAAGUUUUUGGAGAAUGUAACUAAAGAUUGGGAGGGGACUGUUUUAGAACAUGAGUUCUUACACAUGAGGUGUUGUGUACAUAUCCUAAAUUUGAUUGUGGAGGAUGGUAUGAGAGAAAUUGAUGCAUCCAUUGCAAAGGUGCGUGAAGCUGUGAGGUAUGUGAAGUCCUCACCAAAUAGGAAUCAAACUUUUGUGGGUUUUGUGGAGAGAUUAGGUAUUGAGUCUAAGUCUCUUCUUUGUCUAGAUGUACCAACUAGGUGGAACUCUACCUACCUCAUGUUAGAAACCGCACAAAAAUUUGAAAAAGUGUUCAUACGUAUGGACUUUGAGGAUGAUAGUUAUUAUUCAUACUUUAUGAACAAGGAGAAUAGUGGUGGUAUGGGAUCUCCUAGUAGUAUUGAUUUUCAAAAUUGUAGGAUAUUUGUGGGGUUUUUGAAGCUUUUUUACAAUGCCACAAAAAAGUUUUCAGGUUCUUUGUAUGUUACUGCCAACACCUUUUUUGAUGAGAUGUUUGUCAUUCAAGAGAAUAUUUCCAAUUUAAGUAAAUCACAAAACCACCUCUUGAAAAACAUGGCAACUAAAAUGGAAUCUAAGUUUGAUAAGUAUUGGGGGAAAGGGGAUAAAAUGAAUCAUCUCUUGUAUGUGGCUGUGAUUCUUGAUCCAAGAAAGAAGUUGAGGUUUUUGAAGUUCUGUUUUUCUGAAAGUUAUGGAAAUGAAGUGGCUGAUGUGAUGGUUGAAUUGGUGAGGGGUGCUUUGGUCAAGUUGUAUGAUUUUUUUUCUCGUGUUGAUUCAUCAAAUGUACAAGUAGCAAGUGAGAGGGAGAGGACACACAUAGAAGGUUUGAACGGUUUUUGGAGGCUGAGCAGUCCAUAG